CCUCGACCCUCCUUCUUCAUCGUCACAAAACACAGAUACUCUUUCUCUCUCUAAACUUUCUCUCUCUACAACUCUGAUUUCGAAACCCUAGGGUUUCUUCGAUCCCGAUCGCUCGCCGCCGAGCUCUUCAACUAUUCAAGACUUCAGAUCUCUCUCCCUCCGCCGGAAGAAAUGCCGUCGGUGUACGGAGCUCGAAUGACCACGUUCGAGGACUCGGAGAAGGAAAGCGAGUACGGUUACGUUCGCAAGGUGUCGGGACCAGUUGUCGUCGCAGAUGGAAUGGCAGGGGCUGCUAUGUAUGAACUGGUCCGUGUUGGACAUGACAACCUUAUUGGAGAAAUUAUUCGGUUAGAAGGAGAUUCUGCCACAAUCCAGGUUUAUGAAGAAACAGCUGGGUUGACGGUGAAUGACCCUGUUCUACGUACACACAAGCCUCUAUCGGUGGAGCUGGGUCCUGGAAUUUUGGGAAAUAUAUUUGAUGGCAUUCAGAGGCCUUUGAAGACCAUUGCAAAAAUAUCUGGUGAUGUCUACAUUCCUCGUGGUGUAUCUGUUCCUGCACUUGACAAAGAUAUACUCUGGGAAUUCCAGCCUAAAAAAUUAGGUGAGGGUGAUCUUCUAACAGGUGGAGACUUAUAUGCGACUGUCUUUGAGAACAGUUUAAUGCAGCACCAUGUUGCACUUCCUCCUGAUGCUAUGGGAAAGAUCACGUAUGUUGCACCAGCUGGUCAAUACUCGUUGAAGGAUACCGUCUUAGAGCUUGAGUUUCAAGGUGUGAAAAAGCAAAUUACCAUGCUUCAGACUUGGCCUGUACGUACACCUAGGCCUGUUGCAUCAAAGCUGGCUGCUGAUACCCCACUACUUACAGGACAGCGUGUUCUUGAUGCCCUUUUCCCUUCUGUUCUUGGUGGAACUUGUGCCAUACCUGGGGCAUUUGGUUGUGGAAAAACGGUCAUCAGUCAAGCUCUUUCUAAGUACUCUAAUUCAGACACUGUGGUUUAUGUUGGUUGUGGAGAAAGAGGAAAUGAAAUGGCGGAGGUUCUUAUGGAUUUUCCUCAAUUGACAAUGACACUGCCUGAUGGCCGUGAAGAAUCUGUCAUGAAGCGAACUACACUUGUGGCCAACACUUCAAAUAUGCCUGUGGCUGCUCGUGAGGCUUCAAUUUAUACAGGUAUCACUAUAGCUGAAUACUUCAGAGAUAUGGGCUACAAUGUUAGUAUGAUGGCAGAUUCAACAUCUCGAUGGGCAGAGGCAUUGCGAGAAAUAUCAGGACGGCUGGCUGAGAUGCCUGCGGAUAGUGGAUAUCCUGCUUAUUUGGCAGCACGUUUAGCCUCUUUCUAUGAGCGCGCUGGCAAAGUGAAAUGUCUGGGUGGACCAGAACGUACCGGUAGUGUCACAAUUGUUGGGGCUGUGUCUCCUCCUGGAGGAGAUUUCUCUGAUCCUGUGACAUCCGCAACUCUCAGCAUUGUCCAGGUUUUCUGGGGUCUGGACAAGAAACUUGCUCAGAGGAAACAUUUCCCAUCUGUAAACUGGCUUAUUUCAUACUCAAAAUAUGCAACGGCAUUGGAAUCUUUUUAUGAGCAAUAUGAUCCAGAUUUUAUCAACAUCAGGACAAAGGCUCGUGAGGUGCUGCAAAGAGAAGAUGACCUAAAUGAAAUUGUGCAACUUGUCGGAAAAGAUGCUUUAGCUGAAACAGAUAAAAUUACUCUAGAGACUGCAAAGCUUUUGAGGGAAGACUAUCUUGCACAAAAUGCAUUUACCCCAUAUGAUAAGUUCUGCCCCUUCUACAAGUCGGUUUGGAUGAUGCGCAAUAUUAUCCAUUUCUAUAAUUUGGCCAAUCAGGCAGUAGAGCGUGGAGCUGGUAUGGAUGGACAGAAGAUAUCUUACACCCUUAUCAAGCAUCGGUUGGGAGAUCUUUUCUAUCGUCUUGUGUCUCAGAAAUUCGAGGACCCAGCAGAAGGAGAAGAAGUUCUUGUGGCUAAAUUCAGCAAGCUACAUGAGGAUCUGACUGCUGGUUUCCGCAACCUUGACGAUGAAACUCGAUGAUCGAAUCGCAUGCUGGGUUUUAUUAGAUCCUAUUAGUGCAAUUCUGAUCCCUGGGGCUACAUAUCUCGGUUACGGUUGUUUCUCCGUGUGUGCAGAACCGAAUGAUAUACUUGGUUGAUCCAUUUUAUGCACUCUUUGCAGUGCCUUGUUCAAGCUUUGGUUUACUUGGUUUGUGUAGCUAUAGUUUAAUCUUGUAUUCCUGUUCUUCCCUCAGGUUCAGAAUCAGAGACUAGAAACAGCUUUUGAUUCUUAUUAUAUAUUUUUGCAAUAAGAUAUGUAUGCGUUCAGUGUCAAAGACUAUCUGUUGUUCAUUCAAAAUGAGUUUCUGUCUGCUGUUUCAAUUGCA